AACCCAUAGACUGCUUGGCUCCAGAAGGUCAUAUCUUGAGAGAACCUUUGUGGUGAAUGAUGCAUGUUUCCAGUGCAUCAAUAAUCUGUUGUUGUGGUGAUACCAAUAAACUCCCUUCCCUCACCCCCUUCUCUUACCUGAGACUAUAGGCAACCCCACAGCUCCCUAAAGAGGAGAGCACUGUAGUAAAGAGAAGCUGAUUUUUUCAUAGGUGAGUGCUGGAACAGUACUGCACUGCAUCCACAUCCUCUGGUUUGAUUGUUCAGAUCUGCCAUGGUAUUUGCUAUGUUGAUUUUGGACCUACAUGACUUAGUUUUGUCCAUGUUGUUAUAACUCUCCCAGUACAUCCCUAGCUCAAUGGCUUCCUGGGUACUGCUCUAAGAUAUAUUAACUUCUUUGGUUUCUUCCCUCCCUAUUUUCCAUUUUUCUUGUCAUGUGCUGUAAUAAGUCAUGGGAGGUGUUGUCUUCAUGUGCUGAUGUUGUCUUCAUGUGCUCCUUGCUGCUACUGGUCCCUCACAUGCCCUCCAUAAGGCAUGUGAAUCCAGCAGAGAAUCAUCCCAGCUCCACUGCCCUGAAGAGCUGACUGCCCUACACUGUCCUAUGAGGGCUGCUUACAUUGUGAUCAUCUUGAUGCGAAUGUGUACUGGACAGAAGCAUUUCUGAUGGUCUCAGCACAUUCUUCUGUAGCUUCAUCUCGCAGCUCUUUUCACUUCAGAAACUACACUGUGGUAACUGACCCCAAGCUGCUUAAGGGAGAAACUUGCGUGUUUUUCUGGGGCCUUUUACAUCUCAGUCCUGUGUGCUCUGUUUCCAUUUGUAUUGAUGGCCCCAGAACUGCUGAAGGAACCGUUUCUGUUACUGGAACACUAUCUGGCUGUACAUCUGAUAGAUGGUGGUGGUUUGGUGUUAUGUUGGGCUGGAAGUUAUCUCUGCUCACCCUAGGAGGCAGACUUCAUGAACAAGUGUGUGACACAAGGGUAUUAAAAUAAGGGAAGUUGUUCCCUUUGAAGCAGUGUAUAACAAUUAAGCGUUUGGUCAGUGAGUUGUCACUGUGGAUGUGGAGGGGUUUGAGGUGGGGGGUUUUCAGUGCCUCCUAGGAGCAAACUGCAAAUGUCCCUGAUCUAGACGUUCUGAUUUGGAUUUUUUUUUUCCCCAGGAACAAUAGGGUCAAAAAGCAGGUACUGGGAGAAACACCACAAUCCAUUCUGAUGUACCAAUUUGGAAAUGUCCAUCUCCAUUUCUGUGUGGCCCCUGGCUCCUUGUCUCUUGGACCCAGAAGCUGAUACUGACAGACUGUUACUCAGUCUGUUCUUUGACUGCUUCCCUCUCUCUCUGUUCUCUCACUAGACCCAUGUACAGGACAGACUUGAUGGAUCCUGGCUGUAACACUGCCAUUGCAUCAUUGCUGCUGGGCAUGGGAAGAUCUGUUCCUUAUACACUCUAGGAUCAGGACAAGGAAGCACUGCAAUGGUUGUUUGCCUUUGCUUCCAGAGCUGCCCUUUGAGCACAGUGCAGCAAUCAGCUGUGGAAGAAGUUCGGGCAGGGAAGCUCAGGGAUGCUGCAGGGGCCUGAGCACAGUUGGGCAUAGGUCUUGGGUGGAAGCAGUUUAGCCCCACAUCCACACAGGGCUAGAAAAUGGCUUUAGGUCACUUAGAAAGUUAUUUUGUUGACCCAUUUAUAUAAAAGCUGCAAGCAGAUACUUUUCUAUUCAGCAAAUUACUUGGCCUUUUAAAUGUUAACCCUUUAGUAGAAAUUCCUGUUUCUCCAUGACUAAUGAGAAAUUACAUAUAUAGCUACUUUAACUCAAUCUGAUAAUCAGAGCAGUUUUUCAUUGGUUCUUGAGAUUAUCUUUAAAAUCAGGCACAGUAAGAUCUGUUUUAUUAUGCCAUUGCUGCUACUGCCUGAUCAUCAACCACACAGUUUAAACUAUCAAGGGACAGAAGCAGGGUGAAAAGUGACAUUUCUUUUUUGCUGGUAAGACAGUUCACCAUUUCUGUUCUAUGCAUUCCAGUAUGUAAUGUUAGGGGAUGAGUACUGAGCAAAAUACUGAAAAAUAUUUCUUUUUCUAAAUGUGGAAUUCUAUAUUGUUUCUUGAACUAGGAGCCUGAAGACCAGAAGUGUCUUUGCACUUUUGUUCUGAUAAUUUGCUGAGCACAAAACACCACUAUUGCAAUAAUUCUGAUGGACUGUGCUUGAAAGAAGGGCCAUCUUGAACAAGAUACUAUCUGGAAUGGGAGGAGUUGUGUGGCAGUUGGGGCUCCAGCUGUGCAUUGUUGCUGUGCUGCUCUUUGGUGGAGGAAGAGGGAGAGAGCUCUCUGGCAGCCUGAGCUGCCUGAAUAACUACGUGACUACCCUGAGCUGCUUGUGGGUAACGGAGAAGCCCAUGGGCGACGGACCUUUUCACCUGCAUUUCACCAACCUCUGGUCAAAGGGCCACAACGCCAGCUGCAAACUGACUGCCACAGAGAGCAUGCAGAAUCAGUACCACUGCACAAUUCAUUUAGCCAGCCAGAUCUUGGAAACAGAUGGUUAUAGAGUCUCUCUCCAGGGAAACUUCUUUGGACAUAAUCAGACAUACAUGGCUUUUCUAGAAUACAAUCCCCGCAAGCACAUAAAACUUGAUCCGCCUUUGAACAUCCAGAGCAAUGCCACUGCCAGCAAGUGCCAGAUAUGGUGGAGUGUGUGGAAUGUGCCUUGGUACCUCGCUGAAAUUCUCCAAUAUGAGUUGCAGUAUAAGGAGUACAGCAUGUCCUGGGAGGUUGCAAUGAACAAGACACUGCCCAGCUCACUGCCACAAGUAGAAAUUGAAGCGACAGAGCUCCACAGUGGCGUCGCUUAUACUGCAAGAGUUCGCUGCAAAGUUUCUGAAAAUGAGAAUUCAUACCACAGUCAAUGGAGUGAGUGGAGCCAGAUGACAGUGUUUCAAAGAGCAGAUGUCCCAAAAGUCUCUGAAAAGAUUCUAAAUAUCAAAACUAUGCAGUACUUGUUCAUUCCUCUGAGUUUUGGCACUCUACUCUAUUUAUUCUGGAACUGCAAGCUUUCCUCAAGGGCAAAAAGCCUCGCCUGCUUUAACAUUCCCACACCAGCUGCUUUCUUUCAGCCACUCUAUAGUUUGCACAAUGGGAAUUUUAAGGACUGGGUUGGACUGAAUGAGGCUUGUAGCCAGCUUGAAAGAGAAGAGGCCAGCAACUCAACCAAAGUGAAUGCAGAUAGAGUUUCUGAUCUAAACACGCAAGAACUGAUUUCCCAAAUCUCAUUGAAACCUACAGGAAGCACAGAUGUGGUUACUGCACAAGAAAACUUCGCAUUUGCCUCAGGUCCAAGCCAGCAGUAUGUCCCCAGCAGGUACAUAAGAGCAGAAGAGAUAGAGAUGUGGCCGGGACUAUUGUUUGCGCCAAACCAUGCUGAUGAUACCGUUGACCCGAAAAUCUCUGAAGUAAUUAAAGACAACCUUGAGAGCCCUAGUGUUGGAAGGAAUUAUCCCUCUCACUCACAGCAUGGAAAGGGUGACUUUCUUAUGAUUCGAGAAUCUUUGGGGAUAAAAGAUGUAUUCUUCAGUGGUAGUGACUAUUGUACUUUGUGCGACAAUGAUACCACAGGAGGUUUGAUUUCUGCCGAACUACUGAAGCUUUCUAAUCACACUUGUCACAUUAAACAUCAGAAAGAUCAGUGACCUUCCCUGAAGAAUACUGCCUACAAAGUUCCUUGUGCUCUCCUAUCACCUCCCAACACUGUCUUCCCAAGCGGCACAAAUGGUGACUGUGCAGACAGUUUCAAACAUGUAUCAUUUUAAAAUACAUCCUCAAUUUCUGUGCUUCAGAAGAAGAUUGUGACCAAGUCCCCUGUCUAGCAAAUACUACCCCUACAGGCAUUCCCUAAAUUAACCUCCUGGCUACAAGAUUCAGCAACUCUCUUGUCUAAGGAGGCAGCAGCAGACCUGCUGUUAUCUUCAGGAAGAGCUAUUAUAGUUGCGUGCCUCUUGGAAGCAGCAGUAUUUUCAAUAUGAUAAACCACAAUUUAAACUCCAACAUUUUGUAAAAAAUAUGCAUGAUUUUUCACAAAAUCAUGAGAAACUAUUUUUGCUUAAGAAAGUAAUUCUGCUUCUUAAUAUGAUAUUGAUGAAUUAAAGGGAUUCCCGAUUUGAUCAGAAUUUGUAAUUGCUCUGUUUAAAGAUAAUCAAACAGUAGGCCUUGUUCUUUAUUAUCUUAAAUGGCUGUAUCUUUUUAUUUUGCAAUAACUAAGCCUCAUGUGCUGCUUUAACAAAAAUUUAUUUCAA